AUGCUCGCCGACGGAGAUCCUGAAUCGCAGCUUCAAAGAGAGGUUGGGGCAACACAAAACACAGAGCUUUCGCGUGUUGUUCCGCCAGAGCAAGUUGGCACGGCCGAGAACUCCGUACCCAGCGACGAUGAAGCAGCGCCCAAACGGGAAUAUGUGACAGGAAUCAAGAAAGCCAUGAUUCUCGGCCCCAUCACUUUGACGUAUUUCCUCUUCUUCCUCGAUCUUGCGGUCCUGUCCACGGCGACACCAGCCAUUACCUCUCGGUUCAACUCGCUCGUUGACGUCGGUUGGUACGGCGGUGCCUAUCAACUUGGCAGCUCAGCAUUCCAGCCCUUGACCGGCAAGAUAUUCCGAUACUUUUCCAUCAAGUGGUCUUACCUUACUUUCUUCCUUAUCUUCGAGAUCGGCUCUCUUCUCUGCGGAGCUGCACAGUCUUCGAGCAUGUUUAUUGUGGGAAGAACCAUCGCGGGUGUGGGAUCUUCGGGCAUCGCCAAUGGCUCUCUGACAAUCAUCUCCGCCAUAUUGCCGCCCCGGGAACAAGCAAAAUUCUUAGGCCUCAACAUGGGUCUCGGCCAACUUGGACUUGCGCUUGGUCCGAUUGUUGGUGGUCUCUUCACCGAAUACGUGUCGUGGAGAUGGUGUUUCUACAUCAACCUCCCCGUCGGAGGUGUGGUCGCCAUCCUGCUUUUGUUCCUUCGCAUCCCCGAGCCGGAGGCGAAACUUCCCCCACGGCAAGUCCUUGCCACAGCUAUCAAGUCUCUGGACCUCCCUGGAUUCAUGCUGAUCUGCCCCGCGGUGGUCAUGUUCCUCCUGGCGCUGCAAUGGGGUGGCAACCAACAUGCAUGGAACAGCUCCAUCGUUAUUGGUCUCUUGGUCGGCGGAGGCGUCACAUUUGCUCUGUUUUUGGUCUGGGAACAACGCCAAGGGGACGAAGCCAUGGUCCCCUUUGCGAUGCUGAAGCACCGUAUCAUCUGGUCAGCCUCAGGUAACAUGUUCUUCCUGCUGAGCACCAUCCUCGUCGCAGACUUUUACCUCGCCAUAUACUUCCAGGCUGUACACGAUGAUUCGCCUCUCAUGAGUGGUGUGCAUAUGCUGCCCACGGUCAUCUGCAUGGUCUUGUUCACCAUGCUCUCGGGCACCAUGAUCGAAAUGCUGGGCUAUUACCUGCCUUGGGUCAUUGCAGGAAGUUCCGUCUCGGCCAUCGGGUACGGCCUGCUCUCACUCCUGAGUCCCACGACCACGACCGCGAAAUGGAUCGGAUACCAGAUCUUUUACGGUGCAGGUAGUGGCUCCAUAGUUGCAGGUGCGUACAUUGCAAUCCAAAACCUCGUUCCGGCGCCACAAAUCCCCACCGCGAUGGCCAUCGCCAUAUUCUGCCAGAACAUGGGCGCGGCAGUCUCCUUGAUUGCCGCCAACGCCAUCUUCAGCAACUCGCUGCGUCGCCAGCUCCAGGACCACGUCGCCGACAUUGGAAUGGCCCCGGAGGUCAUCCUCAACGCCGGCGUUCGUUCGAUCCGUCGACUGUUCGAGCGUGACAGCCAACCGUUGGCCAUUGUACUACAGGCGUACAGCGAUAGCGUCGAUAAGGUCAUGUAUCUCGGCAUCGCUGUGAGUGUUGCGGCGUUCGCGUUCGGUUGGGGCCUGGGGUUCCGCGACAUUAGGGUGGAGAGGAAGUUGAUAGCCCUUCGGGCUGAGUCGGCCAAGGAGGAGCGCGAGGAUGGGAAGCCGACGGCUGCGGGCCAGAAAACCUAG